CUUUGGGCGGGACGAGGUCCGGGCGCGCGCACCAACUGUCACAGGCUCCCGCGCGCACCAACUGUCAAAGGGAAUCUCUCUCUCUCUAGCUCUCGCGCGCGCGCACGCGCACAAUCCCCCCGACUGUGACAGGCGCCCGGUCGCGAUGGCACCCGAGGAUGUGGCGCUGAAGGAGGCGGCUCUCAUCUACCUGGACAGGACUGGGGGGCUACACAGGUUCAUCAACGACUGCAGGCGCUACAAUGAUUCCAAACAGUGUCAUGCUGUAUAUCGCUUCAUUAUUUAUGUGAAUCCAGCUGAUCUUACAGAGUUGGAUGCAAGUCUUGGGAACUGUGUUCUUCAUCAGCCAAUAAGAGCUACAUAUUUGUUUCAGUCUGUAUGCUUUACAUCUAUCAAGACUUUGUCAUUAAUUCCACAAUUAGAAACAGAAAAUCAGGUUAAUGUUGUGCUAAAGCUUACACACUUACCUUCAUUGCCAAAUUACUCACUUGACCUUUGUCAAUUCCCCCGUGGAUAUCAGUUACUGAGAUAUUAUACGGUCGAAGGAGUGGUUACUGCACUGACAACUGUGACAAAAUACACACAAGGUGCAAGAUUCCUAUGCUCUGAAUCAAACUGCCCCUUUUCAACAGGCUUUCGGUAUAUUCGGGUUCAUAUAGUAGGUGCUACAGAAUCGGCAACUGUGCGAAAUGACUUCACAUGCACCUUGUGUGACUCUGCACUUAAGGAAGAUGUGAAAUUCAGAGUGCUGGGUGACAAACAGCUCGUUGAAAUGAUUGAUGCAGCUGCCCUUGGUGUUAUUAAAGGAAGUCAAGUCAACAAAUCAUGUUCUAGAUAUCAGUCUUUUACUGUAUUUUUAAGGGAUGAACUCCCCAACAGAAUGAAUAUGGGUGACAGAUACUAUGUAACAGGAAUUCCAACUCAUGUCUACAGUGGUUCACAACUAACAUUAUGUAUGGAAGCAAACAGUAUACAACCCUGGUUAUCAAGUGACCCACCUGUCAUCAACGACAACUUCAAAUAUCUGCUGUCCAUCACAAUGUCUUCACCCUGGAGAUUUACAGCCGUUCUUGCUGACAUCUUUGCUGCACAGAUUGUCCCUCCAGGCACUUACAACACCCUCAAACUCAGCCUGCUCCUGAAUCUGGUUCAGACCUGCAAUAAUGGAAAACAGUCCAUGGAACAUUUAGAUCUUUUGAUUGGGACGAGUGACCCGGUAACAGUGGACAGGCUGUUAAUAUAUAGUCUGAACCUUCUGCCUUUUGGAGUGAGACAUUUGCCAUCAUAUGAACUUUUUGCAACAGUCUCCAAAGAUGAACAUGGAACUGGCACUGCUAAAGUGCAAGCUGGGUCUGCACUUCUGGCCAAGGGGGGUAUCUGCUACAUAGGAGAUAUUCUUUCUCUCAAAAAAGAGGCAUUUAAAUUACUUCAGACAGUUUUAGAAACUAGGAGUAUCACAGUAUUUAUUUCUGGAAAAAAGUUUGGAGAAGAUGUUGAUCAGCAAAUGAGCUUCCCGAUUCAGUGCAACUUCUGGGCUUUAGCUGAUGCUAACAUGCACCUAAAGAAAGCUGGCCAACAAGAAGAUCCAGUAAUUGGGUCAGUGGAUCUCAGUUCAGUACCAGCUAAUCUGGCUGAUGGCUUUGGUCUAAUGAUUUACUGCAAUGAAUCUUCCAAUUACAAUUCUCCCAUGCAUCUAAUACUGCAUAAACUGAAUGAAGCUAUGCACCAAAGCAAACAUCUUUAUCCAGCACUACAGCAGUUUACAACACAAGACUAUGAAGAGUUUCUAGCAUUUGCCAGAAACCAGGAAGCUGCACUUACUAUGAAAGCAGAGAGGCUUAUACAGGGAUAUUACACUGCAAGUAGGAGAGUUCGAACUGAUCCCAUUCAUGGAUCUAAAAUUUCUCCAAUUGCACUGAAGACUUUAAUGUCUUUAUCUGAAGCACAUGCCAAACUCAGCCUGAGACAUAAAAUACUGGAACAAGAUGCCGUCAUUGCAAUUUUACUGUAUGAGAUUUCCACGACUGCAAGAUACGGCGCUUCUGUACUCUGUGUGGCUCCAAAUGCAGUAUUUCCAUUUGAUCAGUGUGAUGAGCACAGCUUAAAUCAAAGGGAUAUAUACUUGACACAAUUCCGUCAACAACUCAUACAGUUCUGCUCGACAUAUGCCCCUGGGAUGUCUGCGCUUUUUGUUGAAGAAUAACUUUGAACAAAAAUUUAGAUUGGCAUUGUGCUAGGAAUCUGCUUAUUGUAAUAUUGCAUUUUACUGAAAUGUUUGAAAAAUAAUAAAAUUUAAUAAAUGCCAAAACACUGAUAUGUCUGCACAAAUAAUAUGGUAACAAAGGUCUUAUUAGACAAAUAGCAAUAUUUAUUACAUUAUAUUGAAUAGAUUGGCAUUGCUAUCUCAUUUUAAAAUCAGUUCUUUUAAAAUUAUUCAAACAAAAUAAAUAAACUGCAAAAACAAACAUGAGAUGCUUAAUUUAUUUGCUUAAGCAAUUUUCUGCCACAGAAAGGCAGGUUCAAAUGUGGAUAUCUCCUUGGGUUCAGCAGCAAUCAGUCCUACAAAUGGUGACCUCUACUUUUGUGGCAGUUAACUUGCACUCUACAAUAGUCGAAGGACUGGGAGGCUAAUAAAGAUAUUUCCUGCAGUUUGUAGGAUAUUGUUGCUUGAGUUUCCAUAUGCCAGGCUUAUUAGGGUUAAUUUGCAUGGCAAAGUCCCCAGUGGAGUUGAUUCCUUUUUCUUCCAAAAUCGCCGGUGACGCCGAUGCACAAGGUCCAACGGGCAUCCGAAAAUAUUCCAUUUUCUGAAUAUUGGGGCAGUUAGUUUUGGAACUGGUAUCUUAAUAAAUAAACAAGACUAAUUAGCAAUACCUCCAACUGUGACAUUAACUUAGCCCUGCCUUUCAUUUCAUUCUAAAUUGU